AUGUCCGGCUACGACGGCUUCGACAAACCCAAACAGAAGACGGAACUCAAUCAGGAGCAGCUUCACGCUCUACUCAACAAGUUGUCAAGCGAUGAGCAGAAGGAGUUGACCGAUAUGAUGCGCAAUUGCACAACGGAGGUGACCACCACUCGCGGAGUUCCCAUCACGGCGGCCGUUCUCGGCUCAUUGUAUUUCGCGCGAACUCGAUUGCCGAAACAGUAUCAUUUCGGGCCGAAAGGUUGGCCAUUUUACGCAAUCAUGGGUGUGGCAAGCUUGACGGCGACGAAUAUGCUUUUCAUGGGAAUGUGCCGCGACAAAAUCCAGCCACGUGUUCAGCAAUUAUGGCAAAAGUAUAAUCUUGGAGCAACGCAUACAAGCUAUGAUGAGAUUCGGCGGCAGAAUCGAGAAGGCAAAAUGCCGGCGAGCAAGUCGUAUGACGAGAAGCUUCCCGAACCUGCCAUAUAUGAUUCGAAAGUGGAUACGUAUGAUCCAUACUCGAUGGCUUAUCAGCCGCUGGCCGAUACCACUGGAUUCUCGUCGUCGAUUCCAGACGACGGCUUCUCAAGACCAUCUCAGCCAAAGCGCGGAGGACCGCCACCAUCAUUCCUUUAUGGGGAUGACGCUUCAUUCAUGUCGGGAACACCAUCGGGACCAUCUCGAAAAUCCUCAGAUUUCUCUUGA